CGCGGCGCCGCCCGCGCCCCGCGCGCGGCGCGGCGCGGCGCCGCUUGCGCGCCAGCCACGGCGGUGCCGUUGCCCGGCCGCGCAGGGCCCUGGGUCGCAGGCUGCGCCGAUGGCGGAGGAGGGCGGGGAGGAGCCAGACGAGAAGGAAGAGCUCGCCUGGGAGAGGGCCAUGGUCAAGAUGGUGGCGCUGAGGGGGGACCCGGACGCGGAGGCGUUCAUCCUGCAGAAGCACCCCGAGAUCGCGUCGUGCGCAGUGCCGCUGGACAUGGCCACAGGGACGCCCAUGGUAGCGUCCGACGGGACAACGGCCGCGGAGGCGCGAGAGAAUUGGUUUAAGAAGCGCCUGCGGAACAAGUGCUUCGACCACAGGGAGAGAAGAAAGUUGUGCAAGCAGCUGCUGAAGGCGCUGCUCAGGUACGCCGAGAAGUACGAGGCGCCCAAGGACGGCGCCGUCUCGGCCUUCGAGGCGCUGAAGGACGGCGGCGCACAAGAGGGGCCCGUGGUCUGCCACCGGCUGCACGCGGGCAUCGCCGGCAGCAAGUUCGAGGGCCUGCGGAUCGCCCGCGAGAAGCCGGGGAUCUACCAGCUAGGGCCGAAGCUGCGGGUGGCCGUGCAGGCCGAGCUGGAGGGCGACAGGCUCCUCGUGCACGGCUACUUCGACGGGGACGUCCUGCACCCGGUGAGGACGCCGGUGCUGCCUUUCCUGGAGGAGCACGGCGCGGCGCCCGCGGCGGACGCAGGCUGCGACCUCUUCGGCGGCGGCGCCGCCGCGCCUGGCGGCGACGACGCGGCGGCGGCGGGCGCCGAGAAGAGGCGCAGAGAGCUGCCCCCUGGCUGGGCGAAGAAGGAGUCGAGGUCCAAGCCUGGAGUGUUCUACUACGUGAACGAGGCGAAGGGCCUCUCGCAGUUCAACCGACCUGAGGAGUAGACCUUCCAGAGACAUUGCGAGCCAGAGGCAGAGAAAGAGAA